AUCAUGGGACCUACACUUUUUGAUGAACUUCGUUGGACUUCAAUACUAAGAUCGCUAUCUCUUUCAGACUUACAAGAAAUUCUACAAAACACCAGUAUAGGUAUCAUUAAAUCUGUAUAUUUUAUUUCAAGAAAAAAUUCAACCGAUGAGACUGCAAUGAAACAAAAAGAAGCAAAAUAA